UUGAGUCCAGACAGAGAGGAAAGUGAAAACGUCAGGCAGUGUCGAGGUCAAAGAAGAGAGACCGUGGAAAUAGCUCAGAUGAUGUCAUCACAGGACAAAAAUGAAGUUCUGGCUGUUCUCCAUGUGAACUGGUCAGGGUUUGAUCGACCACUGAAAAUGGAGCUACAGCUGGUCCUCCAGCGCUGGUUCAUCAGAAACCAUGUUGGAGCAGCCUGCUUAGUUUUAAGUGCCUCAACAGACGGGAGGGUUGUGGUGAAGAUUACACCUACCCGAGCCCUGUAUGAGCUUCAGAAACUUAAAGGACAAACACUGACCAUUAACGAUGACACAACAGUCACAAUAAUAUCUGUCAGUCUGACAAAGGCAGAGCUGGAGAUACAAAGACCAGAUGAUGCUUCAAUCGAACUUCCUCCUUCAUUCUGCUCAGAACCACAAGUGGAUGGACAACUGGGGAAACAGAGAAGAGACGUGUUUUCAUGUACUUGCGAUAUCCCAAUGCACCAUUUCUGGUAUGUGAACCAGGCCUACAAGGAGGAAAUUAAACGUAUAGAAAAAGAGAGUGGAGUAAAAAUCAUGGCAGAAGUGAAGCUGACAUUUGAAGCAAACCAGAAAGAUGCAAGUCCAAACCAUGCUUUCUCUGAGUUCAUUAACCUUGUCCAGAAAUGCUCAGGGGAAUCCAGGGGCUUCACUCUUCCUCUCAAGGAGAUGAAUCCAGAAGAGUGGAAGGCCACACUGAAUGUCAUCCAGAGACCUGAGAACAAGCUUGUCCUCGCUCUGUCCUCUAAAGAAAUGACCGUGUGUGGGCCAAGAAAAAGUCAAGAUGUCAUCAGAAAGUCCUUAAAUGCAAGAACAAGUAUCAGUACUUCUGUGGGAGUGUCUACAUGGGCAUCUCAAGUCACAGUGUCUACAUGGGCAUCUCAAGACACAGUGUUUACACGGCCAUCUCAAGUCACAGUGUCUACACAGGCGUCUCAACACAAAGAGUCUACACGGGCGUCUCAAGUCACAUUGUCUACACGGGCAUCUCAACACAAAGAGUCUACACGGCCAUCUCAAAUCACAGUGUCUACACGGGCAUCUCAAGACACUUUACGGAACAUUGGCAUGAGCAUCAAUGACCCUCUCGUCAAUGCCGGACUCACCAUGGAGGAGAACCACUGGAAGCUGAUGACUACUUCCUACAGUGAGCAAGUAGAUAAGAUCAAAACUAAGUUUGGAGUGGACUUUAAAGAAUCAAGCGACAGUCAAGGCAAAGUGGAAGUCAAAGCUUGCCACAAAAGAUCUGGAGGAAAUGCGUCAGUGGAGAGCCAUGCUGUCAGAGCUCUUCUUCAUCUGUACCAGAAGACUGCAACAUCACCCUACAGCUUCACCCAACCUCUUCGUGCUGCCGGGUUCACCAGCUCGCCGUCAGAGGGAGCCUCCGGCGGACCCUUGUUUAAUGGACAAUCAGAACACAAGACGGAAACACCCACAGGAGGAGGAGCAACAGCAGGAGAUGGUGAAGAAGAAAAGUGUCCUAUAUGCAUGGAUACAUUCACCAAAAAGACACGACUCAAGUGUAAACAUGAGUUUUGUGAAGAAUGUCUGGCACAGUCAAAGGAAAGCAUGGGACCCAUCUGUCCUGUUUGUAGAGAAGUCUUUGGUGUGAUGGAGGGAGACCAGCCAGAUGGAGAUAUGACAUGGCAUACAAAUUCCUCUCACCUCCCUGGAUUCCCAGACUGUGGCACUAUUAACAUCAGCUAUAAUAUCCCAGGUGGAUACCAGACGAAAAAGCAUCCAAAUCCUGGAAAGCACUAUUCUGGUAUUCACAGAACAGCGUAUCUACCAGACAACAAAGAGGGCAGAGAGGUGAUGAGCCUGUUGAAGAAGGCGUUUGACCAGAAGCUCAUUUUCACUGUUGGGACAUCCAGAACAACGGGGGCGGAUAACCAGGUGACCUGGAACGACAUUCACCACAAGACCAACAUUUCAGGAGGCCCAGAGCGUUUUGGGUAUCCUGACCCUGACUACCUGAGCAGAGUGAGGGAGGAGCUGAAGGCUAAAGGCAUCGAGUGAAGACUGUGAUACAAAGUGGCUGAGGAGAGUUGUUUUCACACAAAAACUAAGAUAAUUAUAUAAAACAAUACUGCAAUGCAAUGGAAUGAAUGUACACCGUCUCUCUUGUUAUCUUGUAAUUUUUCACAUUAUCAGUAAGGGUUGCUUUGAGGUGCACAGGACAGAAUUUAAAGCCUAAGAGUUAAUGGUUUAGCAGCAUGUAUUAUCCUCACAUUUUAAGCAGAAAUAUGAUGAAGGAUUGGGUAUCUAAUAUUUCCUCAUUUUGUUGUUUCAUGAAGCUGCUCAGCUUAUAACAGUAUAAUAAGAAUGAAAUAUACAAAUACAAAUUGAACUUCAUGUCUACAGUACACAUGAUCUGAUUUACUGUUUGCCAAAUAAAUGAAUAAAUCAACUCA